UAUAUAUUUUUCUUUCCAUAGAAAACAUAAGAAGAAUCAUCAAGAAACGCUGUUCAAAGCUGUGGCAACAGUUUUGAGAACAGCUAGGCAGUUCAGGCGCCGGAGGUCAUGGUGAGACAACGCAUCGAGAAGAUUGAGCAUCUCGUGCAGACCGGUGUGUGUCAGGUUUUAGAAAGCCUGCCAAUACCCCUGCACGCGAUGCUCUCUGCCCAGAUGCGUAACGAGGGAAAAGCGAAAUCGGCGCGACGCUUCUCCGACAAGGAGAAGCUAUUAGCUAUGCGCGAGGGUAAAACUGACCGCUUGCAGAUGUUAGGUUGUAAGGUAAUUAACAUCUACCAUGCAAAGUUACGAGUAAGAAGUUGUGCGCAAGGGCUACAGUCAAUGGGCAAUAACAGUGGGGAAAGGUGCGAAUUGAAAUUUUGGACGGUUUGCCGAACUACUCUUCAACCAUUGGUCAGAGCUGCAGUCAGCUGUCAUCGAGUUUGAAUUUUUGUUAUAGUUUUCGAAUUUAACGCAUGCGCUUUAGCGUCAUGUCUUAUUUUUGGUAUGAAGAUAUUGGUUAUGCUUUGCUCAGUGUAUAAAGAGUAGGCUUGAGCAGUCCAUGUAUACAUAUAUGGUCGAAGUAUAUAUCGUAGUCUGUGCGCACUAGCGCCGCGAGUGGACGAAAUAUCCAUAACUUAAAGCUCAGGAUUUUGAUAUGUUGCGUACCGCUACUUUUGAUAGAAGUAAAUUAAUUCCCAAGUCACUUCUAGAUGGCAGAGCGGAGACCCGUUUGCCCGUUGUUAUGGAAUGUGAAUGAGCCUUUGCGUUUGGUAGUUCUGUUUGAAGUUAGUUUAGCGCCAAUUACGAUUUUCUUGUAUUUAUGGUAUUUCGUUUUCUUUUUGAUUGCAUUUUAUUUUAAAACAAUUGUUAAUACUCACUCGCAUAGCGGCCGUUAACCAGUAUAGACGUCUAUUGUAAAUGCUUGUAUUUAAAGUAAAGAAAUUUAACGUUUGUGUUAAAUUAGUUAUAUUCAAACUGUUACAAUAAAGUUAAUAUUACAUUUCUUAA